AUGUCGGACUGCAUUCCGAACGAGGUUGUCACCGAUAUCCUCUCACGAUUGCCCGUGAAAUCGCUCAUCAGAUUCAGAUGCGUUUCCCGGACAUGGAGCUCUCUCAUCUCCAGCCCCCACUUAAUCGCCGCUCAUCGUAAUUUUACUCUUUCCAACACCCACCACCCACCUUACCUUCUCUUUCGUCACUUCAAUGACCAACACAAGAAUGAACGCUUCACUCUGCCUUCUUCAGAUGAUCUAUUUCCUCGCACCCUUUCUCAAGAAAUGGAAGAGAAUGGCAUAGUUGGUUCGUCUAACGGCCUACUCUGUCUCAAUAUUUGCUACAACGAUGGCUAUGUUUUUUGGAACCCUUCUAUUCGAAAAGCUAUAUAUCUUCCGGACCCCAGCAUCAGAUUUAGUUCUCAUGGUCAAUUUUUGCAUUCUCUUGGCUUUGGCUAUGACCCCACAACCGACGAUUUCAAGUUGGUGAGGGUGGCGUAUCUUGAAGGCAUUACUGAAACCGUUCCACCUCCGGUUGAGAUUUAUACCCUUCGCACCGGCGCCUGGCGCUUUGUUACCGCCCCAGGUCCUCCCUAUGUUAUCGAUGAAUGGCCCUUAUCAGUUUUCGUCAAUGGGGCAGUUCACUGGCUCGCGCACACUCCGUGGAAUAAGGGUGAUUUUCGCAACGUGAUUGUAUCGUUCGAUAUGGGAGCUGAGGCGUUUCAUGAAAUGGAUUUGCCUGAGAGUUUACAAGGGUCGGAACACUUGAACGUGACUGUUGCGGUGCUUGAUGGAUUGCUUGCGCUUGCCCCAUGUAACGGGUGGUGGGGGGAAGAGUCUCACUCUGUGUGGGUGAUGAAGGAGUAUGGUGUAGUGGAGUCUUGGACUAAACAAUUUGAUGUCGAUGUUAGAGAAGGAUUAGGGAGGGUGAUAGCCUUCAGAAGAAAGGGUGAAGUUCCAGUGAACAAGGCUAGUGGACAACUAAUUUUGGAUCUUCCCAUUUAUGGCUUAACAGAGUCGUUUUAUUUGAAUACUUACGUGGAGAGCCUUGUCCUACUGAAUGUAGCAGAUGGAGUUUUGGGAAGGCAGGACACUAAGAAUAGCAAGUAA